UUUACCCGCAGAACCAGCUGACAAAUGACUGGGAGGGGAAACGGAACAAAUUGAAAGCUGUUAGGGAAUCCAUCUUGCUCCACAAACAGGCGAGGGUGAAGUCCGCUUUCAAUUUUGGGGUUUUCUAAACUGUUCCGUCCCCCGUUCAGCGAGCUGGGGAGCCCAAGGAGGGGCUGUGUCGCCGUGUGUAGGAUGUCCCGACAUGAGGGUGUGAGCUGUGACGCAUGUUUGAAAGGGAACUUCAGAGGGAGACGAUUCAAGUGUUUAAUUUGCUACGACUACGACUUGUGUGCAUCGUGUUACGAGAGCGGAGCCACGACGACGAGACACACCACAGAACACCCAAUGCAGUGUAUAUUAACUAGGGUAGACUAUGACUUGUAUUAUGGAGGAGACACUUUUUCAGUAGAGCAACCCCAGUCGUUCACAUGUCCAUAUUGUGGCAAGAUGGGCUACACAGAGACGUCCUUACAGGAACAUGUUACCUCAGAGCAUGCAGAGACGUCUACAGAGGUGAUAUGUCCAAUAUGUGCUGCCUUGCCCGGAGGGGACCCAAAUCACGUCACAGAUGACUUCACAGCACAUCUCACACUUGAACACAGAGCUCCAAGAGAUUUAGAUGAGUCCAGCAGCGUACGGCAUGUACGCCGGAUGUUCCACCCUGGACGAGGACUCGGCGGUCCCAGAGCGCGGCGGACGAAUAUGCACUUUACUAGUGGCUCUUCAGGAGGACUGUCAUCCUCGUCGUCACAGAGCUCCAAUUACUCCCCCAGCAACAGAGAAGCAAUGGACCCAAUUGCAGAGUUGUUGUCCCAGCUGUCAGGUGUGCGGCGGGCAGCAGGCGGCCAGAUAAACUCAUCAGGGCCUUCAGCCUCUCAGCUCCAGCAGCUACAGAUGCAACUGCAGUUGGAGAGGCAGCAGGCACAGGCAGCGCGACAACAAGUGGAGGCAGUCCGCCAUGCCACCAGGCGCAGCAACAAUCCAGGCAACACUGGCAAUGCCAUCCCGCCCCCCAGCACAGUCACUGCCAACAAUACCGCCGUGAAUGAGAGCAACCCCUCAUCCUCAUCGCAGAGCUCCCAGUUCCUAUUAGCACGGUUAAAUGAGCCGAAGAUGUCUGAAGCAGAACGUCAGUUUCUAGAAGGAGAGCGAGCCGACCGCAGCCUGUUUGUCCAGGAGCUACUUCUGUCCACGUUGAUGCAUGAAGAAAGCUCUUCCUCCGACGAAGACGAGCGUCGAGACUUCGGCGACUUCGGAGCCAUGGGCUGCGUGGAUAUUAUGCCUUUAGACGUGGCCCUGGAGAACCUUCAGCUAAAAGAGAGCAGCUCUUCGGGGAAGGAGCCUCCGCCACCGCCUCUUUGAUGUCCGAGCAUCAAGCAGACUAUGUCCUCUCUGCUGCAACUGUCAGUGACAGGCAGCGGCCAACAGCAGCAGACACCAUCCCUCCACCCACCCCCCUCCCUGGGAUCGCCCACCGUUCUCCCUCCUCGAUUUUUCUGAGUUUCUUUUUGGUGAUUGUAAUUUCAGGCCUGUCACCACUUUUGUUACAUUGUGAACAAAAAUAAAUGAGCGCAAGUGGGUUUAAAUGAUGGAGUGGGCCAUGGCAACUGAGUGAGCGAGUGCGAUAAGAGAGAUAUAUGAAUUAUAUAUAUAGAAAACAAAUAUAUAUAUAUGAAGUUGAUAAUCAAACCACCUAACAUGUUUUUCUUGAUCAGGCAGCUGUCACAGGCAGCUGCGGCAGACCUUUGUGUCCUGUGACAUGCAAAUGGCUCUCAGUAUAAAUACUUCACCGUCAUCACAUGUUGAGAGGGUGCUGCCUCCUCUGAUGAAGCUGCUCUGUGUGUCUGUCUGUCUGUGUGUGUGUGUGUGUGUGUGUUCAUGAAUAUUAAUAAAAAGUGCUUGGAUGGGUUACCAUAACCACUGCAUGCAGUUAUUUGCAGCGUGCAUGACUGUAAAAAAAAUACAAAAAAAAACAACUUGGAUAUCCCAAAGUUCUUAAGAUGGUUAUGAAAAGUAUUGACUAUAGUGCGGCCUGCUGAACCGACAGGCAGUUAGCUAGUUCAUUUGGUAAUAUGUUGGAAAAGCGGAUCCUCUCCUACAGAAGCGUCGACUGGAACACUGCUCCGUGUGUUUCUCAGCUCCACAUUACCCUUCAGCAGAGCCACACAAAUUCAGAGCUAUGAUCUGAACAUUCCCUUGGUAUUUUGGUUGUGCGCUAAGCUGUACAGACCUUGUAUAUGACCUUUCAUAAUUCAUAGAUAAGCUUCAUGUCAUUCACUCUCUUUACUGGGUAAUAGGAGCUUGAGACUGCCCACAAUGCAGCUGUGCUUUUUAGGGUUUUGAUUUUUUUUUUUCCUCCUCUGCUAAGAAUAGCACUUUCUAUUUAUUCAUGUUUGUUUGUUUGAGUCUUCUGAGCCUUGACAAAUGGAUCACGCCACCUACUUGCCUAUAUUUCGAUCCUCUUGUGUAAUAUACAAUAAGAUGUAUAUUGGAUUUGUGCGUUUUAACUUUCAUAAUAGUUCUAAGACAUGGGCAGACUUUUUAUUGUACAUUUAGACUACAAUAAACCCAAACUGCACAAAGCUUUUGAUGAAACCAACCAAAAAAAGAGUUUGCACCUUGUGUUGUCAUCUCCUGGGCCUAAGCAUUAUAAAAGCCUUCAAAACUGUUCUCUUUGGUUUGGACUGCUCAUGUGAUGUUAGAAAACCAACAGACCACCUCCAUGCAGCCUGCCUCUUCCUGAGGCUUCCAGAGAUGGAGCAGGCUUUUUCCCUUGAUCCGUCUCGACCUGGCCUGCAGAGGAAGAAGUUCCCAACAUCUUUGACCACUCCAUGGCCAAAUGAGCUCCACACUGAGGGGCUUUGAACCUCAUCCCGCCUGUUUGAAAAAUCAGAAUAUAUAAUUCACUGACAGGGAGGCUCGUCAAAUGUGAAGAGUAGGAGCUAAAAUGUCGACUUAAACCCCCUUUAAAAAGUUUUUUAUGGCUGUUUGUCGUUGCUCCUCUGCGAGUCCUUUCAUAGCAGCUGCUCUUGUCACUCUCCUGCAGUUAUUGUUAGAAACAAAUGGUGCCUGCUGGAUCGCUUUCACAGCACAUGAAGAAGGGUUGGCUACUUGUUUAAGCCGCUGGUCCACCCAAGCCAAUGUCAAACCCCUAGGAGUCACACCCCGUCAGCUGCCACCAGUGCUCUAGUUGUCUGUGUUUCCAGUCCUUCUUUUUCUCCAUCACAACGUGCUGCUGGAUGUCAACCAGUUGUCGUCGUGUGCAAAAACCUACUCCUUGACGUCCCCACCAUUGAAGAGCAGCACUUGAAUAAUAGCCAUUUGUGCUUCUGUCCACAAAGCUAGACAUACAGACAUGAUCAAAAAAGACCAGUUGAAAACUAGCUACAAUAUGCAUUUUGCACAUUUGGACCUAGAGAGUGAGACAGAACAGACAUUUGGAACAUAAAAAAAAAUAGAUACAUGAACUGAAAUAGGUUGUUUAUCACCUGAUCAAACGGUUUAAGGCCGCAGGCUAUAAAAGCUAAAAUCUGCUCAAAAUUCUCAUUUUCUGCCAGGCAAGUCCUCCUGAUGCCUAAAGCUAAGAAGCUUUCUCUUCUUGAACGUGGUCGGAUGGUCGCGCUGCAUAAGCAAGGCCUCUAGCAGCGUGCCAUGGCUGCUGAGGUUGGAUGCAGCCCGACAGUCAUUCUGCAUUUUUUAAAGAUCCUGAGCAUUUUGGAACAAAAACGUCAAGUGGUACACUCAAAAAAAUGACACCUGCGCUGAGCUGGAUCAGCUGUCAAGACACGUGGCGCUCCUUGACUCACCCUACUGGUGCCGACUGCAGCGUAAUAACCAUCCGACGGCAUCAGCAAGAAAAGGGUUUCAAAAACCAAUUCAAAGACAUCGUCUUCUUCAAUGCCACAAAACUGCCCGUUUAGACUUUGCCAGGGAGCAUCAAACAUGGGGCACUGAAAGGUGGAAAAAAGUUUAUUCUCUGAUAAUAAACAAUGUAACCUUGACGGUCCAGAUGGCUUCCAAUGUUACUGGCGUGACAAGGAGAUGUUUCUGUGACUGAGAGGUAGCUGGUUCAAUCCCUGCUCCUGAUGUGGUUUUGUCGUCCCUGAGCAAGACACUUUACCUUGGUUAGCACCCGAUGGUUCAGAUGGCGUGCUGCGUUGCAGCCUACUGCCGUCAGUGGUGACUUAGUUUUGGUUGCUGGAUAAGCAUGGAAAGCGCUAUAUAUGUAAGAGCCAUCUUUGGACCAUCCCGCAUGCUCCCCUGAUUUAAAUCCCACUCAGAACAUUUGGGGAGGGAUGGCAAGGAAAGCUUAUCAAAAUGGCCAUCAGGUCCAGUCAGUUGAGGCCCUUCGUGAGUUCUGAGUUCUUCUGAGUUUUUUUUGUAAUUUUUUGAGCAGUAUUAACUCUUUGAAAGUUUUCUUAAACUUUUGAUCAUGUUUCAGUUUGCUUGUUGUUUUCAACAAAUGACUUUUUCAAAGAGCUUUCCGUCUCACUCCAUCUUCUUGCUUUUGCAUAAUGUAGCUCUACGUAAAACCUCAUUUUCAGAUCCAAAUGUGCAAAAGGUAAAUUCUAAAAUCUUUUGACCGGAUCUGUAUUUCAUCAUUCCCAUUAUGCAGAUGGCAAUUCCCGACACAUUCAUACCCAAUAAUACAAGCUAGCCAACGCCGCCUGGGGAAGUGUCAUUCCUCUCACCAAACUUCUGAGGUUUUGUGAGCAGCUCUAUAAAUCAUGCUUUACUGUUGUUGUAAAAAUGUACCGCUACAAGCGUUAUUGUAAGACAUACCACCUUUAUUAAAUGCACAGUAUCACAAGGAACAUCUCCAUUAAUUGUGGGUUAAGCUACUCACAUGAUGCACAAAGCUUUGAAUUGAUUGAUAGAACUGGCUGAUUAUGGCGGGAUUAAACCUGCCAGAGGAGAACGCACACACACACACACAUGUGCUCCAGAUGUGUGUGUAGAUGCACACAUCUCAUCAUCCUCCCUCUCUCUCCCAAACACACACACACACACACAUAGUGUUUUAUUUUCACAACUUAAGUAAAAGCUGUUUCUUUUCCAGGAAUGAAAAUUGUGUCAUCUUUUUCUUUAACCAUAUAUUUACAAAAUAGUCCCGCCCACCCUCCAAAGAUUACAUUCAAAAAAAGGUCCUGACCCUUCUAGAUUACAUUCAAAAUAAUAUACUAUUCAUGAUGCAAAGUCACAGUUAUUCUUCUGAAAGAGGAUCGAAAUAAGCUACAGUCUGUCAGAGGUCGAGCGCUGCGCUGGGCCGGGAGGCGACCUUUGACCUCCGUCACACGAGCCACACGGGGCGGAGCAUGGUGUUUGAGUCUUUGCUCCUUUGUCUCAGAUCACCUCUGCGAGAGCUCCUCAUCACGGCAGAGAGGAACGGAUGGAUGAGUUAGUUCUUCCUAAUCCUCUUCUCCGGAGAAACAAAACAAGCUGCGGCUGAGUGUUGCCACUCCUCCCCCAGUAAUUCAAUAAAUAAAUACAUUUAAAAAAAAAGAUCUAUAAUGACCAAGCACAAAUAAGUGAUAAAAUGUAGGACAAAUAGCGUAAACUAAAUAAAACCUUAUUUACACAUAUUGCCAGUGGCCCAUAACACUUGAAUAGUCGCACAGUUUUUGACAUAGCUGCUGAAAACAGAUGAUACUAUUUAACAUAGCCUACUAUUCAUAUAGACAAUGAUCAAACUGUACAUCUUCGACAGUCAUUUAUGUACAGCAGAGACAGGACUAUUAUACAGCCAUUGGAAACAGAGAGGUGCAUAAAAACGGCCUUGAUCAUUGAGAGGAAUGAGUCAGAGUAGCUUCAUCUGUGGCCUGAAGACCAUGGUGACUGUUGGGGUUGAAGUGUUCCAGAGGUGGACUCGUGCAGGAGAUGGAGUCUGCUACACUACUAGGUUGGUGUUUUAAAACAAAACUCAACAAUACACACAGCAGCAGGGAUUAAGUGAUGCCUCAACUUUUAAGUAAAAUAGACAACCUUGCAUUCUAAAAUGAGUAAAAUAAGGAAAAAUGACAGUCUUUUAAGUGUGUGGAGGAUCGAUUUUAAGGAGACGGGGCUUGUGUUUGUGUGUCGCCAUUGAUUUUCUCUCUUUCUAAAGCAUGUGCUACAUGGAGUCGGUUUGGUUUCCUCCGUUCCUGAGUUGCAUGUUUUGGAUGACAAUACAGAAACUCGACUGUGAGUAUUGCUUCAAGUUAUGAAAAGUAUUGACCUUCUGAAUAUGUGAAACCCACGAUUGCCACCUGUGCAAGACUUCUACAUGCGCGUCAGAACGGUGCUCCAGUUGUGUGUGACUGAGCGACGACUUCUCAUCCGGUUGUUUGUGUACAUGCUGUGUCCGGUGAAAGAAGUAUGACAACGGAAUUGGCCUUUCAAUAACAUGAACAACAAAAAACAAAACACAGUUGCACCCCGGGUUUAGGCUUUAAUAUUUAAAAAUUCCAAGUCAAGUGGGAAAACAAAGUUUUUAAAGCACAACCUAGUAGUGUAAGUCGAUGUGAGUAGUCAUCGGUGGAACAAUUGUUACUAUUUUUACUCACAUUCUUCUUCCCUUAUUGUGUAGCAGGUCGAAUAAAGAUGAAAGGCGAAUAUACAAGUCGGUAUUUUAAGCCAUGAAGGUGUUCUGUCAGGACAAAAGUGCUUCACCACCGCAUUGAAAGCAGCAUCAGUCACCUCUUGACAGACUAAAAGCUCCCUGGGGCCCCAUUUCCAGCAGCCAGACUCUUAAUGAUGCUGCUCACUUAGCUGGCGGCCCAGAGUUUAAGAUGAGAUCUUCAACAUACACUUGCACGCUAUACAUUAUUAACACCAUCGGAUUAGAAACGUAAACACACAAGCAAGCCGUCUCUGUCGGCUUUAGAUGCUGCACAGACAAAAAAAAAAACUUUCCUGAAGUAUCAACUCUAUGACAUCAAGUCUGGAACUCUGAUUUGCUCCUGCCUGAAACCUGGGCAACAAAACAACAGUGUGGUGAUGCUGCUGGUGAAUUAAAUAUAGAUAGAAACUUAAAGAGACUGUGCUCAUCUGGACAGGCUGAGCCCCGGCCCCUGUGCUUUAGAGACUGAACCAAAAUCAGAGUUGAGUUAUUACACAACAUUAUUGUACCGUUAUACAGACAAUAAACAUAUUGACGAGAAAAAAAAAAAGUGUUUGUAUAUUGUCUUAUUACUGAUGACUAAACAAAAUACUUAGGACAAAGGUUUGUUUGAAACGCACUUAAAGAAAAACAUCUGUUGUUAGUUCCUGCGUGUG